AUGAAGAAGAAGGAGCAGACAGCAGUGGGAGGACCGGGCAGACACUACUCUCCCGACACAACAACACCACGACCCGGGCUUCUCCUCCGGCCAUGUCCCCUUUUCCUCUCCCCGUACGAUGAGCCAGUCCCCCCAGUGUGCUGCAGUGCAGUGAAGAUGGCAGCGUGCAGCGUCCCUUUGCUUCUGCUCCUGCUGCAAGUCCUGCCCACAUCAGCUGAAGAUACAGAUGGGCCGCUGGUGUGUGCGUGUGACAAGUGCCAGGAGGCGGUGGAGUGUCGAGGCACCAGCUGCUUCUCCUCGGUCAAACGAGAGAGUGGCCUGCUGCUGUUUGAGCGCGGCUGUUUGAAGAACGACCAGCAGACCAAACUGCAGUGCUACACCUCACCCUCCCUCAACAAGGCCAUCUACUGCUGCGCCCAGGACCUGUGCAACGCCAACGCCACCCACGGGGCCCUCAUGGCCCUGCUGCCAUCAGCUCCAGAGGGAGAGCCGAUGCCCUAUCGUGUGGAGACAAUGGCCCUGUUCGUCCUGGCCCCUGUGGUGGUGCUGAUACUGCUGUCUGUAGUGUCUGUCCUGGCCUGUAGGAGGCUCCACCAUGGCCGACUCCAGAGGCUACAGGAGUUUGACACUGAGCAGGGCACCAUCGACGGACUCAUCUCCUCCAACGUGGGGGACAGCACCCUGGCGGAUCUGUUGGACCACUCGUGCACCUCGGGCAGUGGAUCCGGUCUUCCUUUCCUCGUCCAGAGAACUGUGGCCCGCCAGAUCAGCCUGCUGGAGUGUGUUGGUAAAGGCAGGUAUGGAGAGGUGUGGAGAGGCCAGUGGCAGGGCGAGAACGUGGCUGUGAAAAUCUUCUCCUCUCGGGAUGAAAAGUCCUGGUUCAGAGAGACGGAGAUCUACAACACAGUGCUGCUGAGGCACGACAACAUCCUGGGCUUCAUGGCGUCUGACAUGACGUCUCGAAACUCCAGCACGCAGCUGUGGCUCAUCACACAUUACCAUGAGAACGGCUCGCUCUACGACUACCUGCAGCGUGUUGCCGUGGAGACCAUGGAGGGGCUGGCCAUGGCAGCAUCUGUGGCCAGUGGUCUGGUGCACCUGCACACAGAGAUCUUUGGUACAGAGGGAAAACCAGCCAUCGCCCACCGCGACCUGAAGAGCAAGAACAUCCUGGUGACCAAGGACCUGCGCUGCUGCAUCGCUGACCUGGGUCUGGCGGUGACCCACUCCCAGGCAGACAACCAGCUGGACGUGGGCAACAACCCAAAGGUGGGCACCAAGCGCUACAUGGCCCCUGAGGUGCUGGACGAGAGCAUCCAGGUGGACUGCUUCGACGCCUACAAGAGGGUGGACAUCUGGGCCUUCGGGCUGGUGCUGUGGGAGAUCGCCAGGCGCACCUACAGUAACGGUAUUGUAGAAGAGUACAAGCCUCCGUUCUACGACCAGGUGCCAAACGACCCCAGCUUCGAUGACAUGAGGAAGGUGGUGUGUGUGGAGCAGCAGAGGCCUUUUAUCCCCAACCGCUGGUUCUCGGACCCAACUCUUUCGGCCUUAGUGAAGCUGAUGAAGGAGUGCUGGUACCAGAACCCGUCGGCGCGCCUCACCGCUCUGCGCAUCAAGAAAACACUGGACAAAAUCUACAGCUCUCUGGACAAGAGCAAAGAGUCGUGA